AUGCACCAGAGGAGCAUCUCAGAGCUCCAGGGGACCUCCACCCAGCAGGGGGCCUCCACUCAGCAGGGGGUCUCCACCCGACGGACCACCCCGGCUGGAGGCUCCAGGUGGAGGGGGGGGGCCGCUCCUCUCUGGGCUUGGUGGCUGCUGCUCAGCACCUUCCUGGUUCCUGGAGCCUGGAGCUUCCUCAGCGAGGAGCAGGAGGAGCUGCUGGUGGAGCUUCACAACCACUACAGGGGACAGGUGUCCCCCAGCGCCUCCGCCAUGAUGCCUCUGAGAUGGGACCCGAGUCUGAAGCUGAUCGCAGAAGGCUACGCCGCUAAAUGUGUCUGGAACCACAACCCGGAGCUGGAGGAGACUGGAGAGAACCUGUUCGCCGGCACCGGGCCCCUGGACCUCCGGGAGGCGCUGGAGAAAUGGUUCCUGGAACAUCUGGAUUACAGCUUCCACAACAACAGCUGUGAUGAAGACAAGAUGUGUGGACACUACACACAGAUGGUGUGGGCAGACACACACAGAGUCGGCUGUGCCUUCCACCUCUGUAACAACAUGGAGGGUCUGGAGUGGGAGAGAGUCUCGUACCUCGUCUGCAACUACUACCCAGCAGGAAACUAUGAAGACCAGCGGCCGUACGUGGAAGGUGAUUGGUGCUCCAGCUGUCCUGAGAACCUGCAGAAGUGUGAAAACAACCUGUGUGUGGCCGAGGAGGAGGAGGAGGAGGAUGAAGAUGUGGAGGACGGAACCGACUGGAUGACACGGAAUUCUGGAUCAGUUUCAUCACCUUCUCUCCUGUUAGCGUCUCUGACUGGGAUCCUGAGUCUGAGGCUGUGA